AGACGUGAGGGCGACCUCGAUCGGCGAUCGCAUCCUUCAAUCUGCUCAAUCAGAUCUAUAAAUUCCUCGCCGAGAGUGCCGGAAAUCUGUGCAUUCCGAUGUCUUCUCCUCCAAUGGAUCGCCUGUUCGUGUUCCUCCCUCUGCUUUCGUUUUUCUUGCUUCUUCGCGCUUCGAGUGAUGCGGCCAUGUCUCCCCAGGAAGCCUACUGGCGUACUGUCCUCCCUACCACUCCCAUGCCGAGUGCCAUCGCCGAUCGUCUCUCUCUUGGUGCGACAGUGGGGAGUGAGAAGACGACUGUGAGUGUUGGUAAAGGGAAGCCCGGCCGCGGCACCACCGUCAACGUCGGCGGCGGACAUAUGACUGCCAAGAAGGCCAAAGGCAGACCGUCACCGUCACCGAUCGUCCUUGUCAAUUACGCGGCGACUGAGGCCCAAAUCCAUGACGACCCCAAGGUCGCCCUGUUCUUCCUCGAGAGCAACCUCCGCCCUGGCGCCGCUAUGACCGUCCAUUUCACUCGAACCAGCGCCUUCCGUGCAGCCUUCCUCCCGCGGAGGGAGGCUGACGCCAUCCCUUUCUCGUCGGCGAGGCUCCCGGAGAUCCUCGACCGGCUCUCCAUGAAACCCGGUUCGCCGGAAGCAGAGACGACUCUGAGCACGCUGCAGGAGUGCGAGCGCUCCGCGGCGUCCGGCGAGAGGAAGCUCUGCGCGACUUCGCUAGAGUCGAUGGUGGACUUCAGCGUCGCCAACCUCGGGACGCGGCGCGUAGUAGCGGCGUCGACGGCGGUGAUCAAGGCAGGGACGCCGCUGCAGACGUACACGAUCCAAGGGGUGAGGAAGACAGUGUCGGCCGAGGGGAGGCUGGUGGCGUGCCAUUCGAUGGAGUACGCGUACGCGGUGUUCUACUGCCACACGUCGGCGGCGAGGGCGUACAUGGUGUCGCUGGUGGGGGCGGACGGGGCGAAGGUGGAGGCGGUGGCGGUGUGUCAUACCGACACCGCGGGCUGGAACCCCAACCACUUGGCCUUCAAGGUGCUGAAGGUGAGUCCAGGGACGGUGCCAGUGUGCCACUACCUGCCGGAGGACAACUUGGUGUGGAGCCGCAGGAAUUAAUGGAGGUCCAUUGAAUUGCUGCUCGACUGUCGCCGGAAUAUGAUUGUGCCACGUGGAGUCGACGUGGAAAACUAUUAUAAAUUAUGAUAUUUAUCAAUGCCACGUGGAGGUCAACUGCAGUAGGCUGUCGCCGUAAUAUGAUCAUAUAAGUGUGGUUGUGAGAGUAAUGGUUGUAGUUUAUGAUAUUUAUCAGUGCUACGUGCAGUGUACGUUGUAAAUAUAGUAUUUGGACAUAAUAAAGUUAUAUGUGUUAAAUAUA